AUGAAACUUCGUUUGAAGCAUAAAGGAGGCCCACCAGAGAGGCCAAACUCGACUAACGCGCAAGAGAAAAGCAAAGAUGAUCAGAGACGGCAGGCUGUGGUCCAGGGCUUUGACAAGAAGUCAGGGCUUGGCAAGCGCCUCGCCGAAGGGUUGGAGCGUGGCAUGCUGAAAGUUGCCUGCCCGCGAGGUGAAGCUCUCACGGAAGGCAGCGAGCAGUACAAGGCCUACAAGUUUCAAUACAAGAGGUUGUGUACCCACCUGCGGCGCAACAACAUAUUGUCGGAGAAGCUGAAAAGCGGGGAGCUGGACGCGGAAGAGUUGGCCUCUAUGGGUGACGAGGCGCUUAUGGCCGAGUCCCAAAGAAACGAGCUCCAGCAGUUCCGGCAGGAAAGUCUCCAAGAAGCCUUGGGAAUCACGGCAGAAGACUCUGCUCACUGGACACCAUCCGACAACUUUGCGUGUCCUCGAUGUGACUGUGACAAGUGUGUCACUCACCUCAAUCGAUAG